CUGCUCCACUUCCGCCUUCGCCCACGUGGUCCGGCUGCGGCUCGGUCCGCCGCGUCGUGAGUGGGGUCCGGCCCGGGGCGCGCCUCUGUGGUUCCGAUGCGGGUGGCCCGGGCCUCCUCGACUCCCGAGGAAAGCCCACCAGGCGGGGCGGGAGGUGAAGGGACUGGGGACGUCAGAGGUUAACCUGGGCGUCAGGGGGCGUCGGAGUGGAGCCGUGGGGGUCCCGGGGCGGUCUAGGACAGCAGGGCCAGGGCUUGGGCGCGGGGGCCGAGAGGUCAGGGGUCAGCAGGAACGGGGCUCCGGCGCCAGGGUCACCAAGUUCGCGGUCUGCAGAGGUGGGGCCGGGCCGGGGCCCUCGUAGCCUGCGCAUGGGCCUCCCGCUGCGCGCGCUGUUGGGAGCCUGCAGACUGUGGACCCUGCGCCUGGGACCGCGUGCCCCCUGGUAAUGACCGCGGCGCCGGGCGACCCCGCCACGCCAGCCCAGCCCACCCUGCGCGGUGCCUGCCGGGCCCCCACCCACGCUGCCCCUCUCCGCAGCUCGCCGCGCAUGGCCGGGAACGCGGAGCUGCCCUCUCCCGCCGGGUCUGCGCGCCCCCAGGACCGGAGGUCCCGUAGCGGCCGGGCCGGGGGCGUCCGCGUCUGGGAGGACGGGGAGCAUCCGGCGAAGAAGCUCAAGAGCGGCGGGGACGAGGAGCGGCGCGGGAAGCUGCCCAAGCGCAAGGUCGUGCUGCUCAUGGCCUACUCGGGCAAGGGCUACCACGGCAUGCAGGAAUGGGGUCUUGCUGCGUUGCACAGGCUGGUCUCGAACUCCUGGGCUCAAGCGAUCCUCCUGCCUCGGCCUCCCAAUGUUGUGAUGACAGGUGUGAGCCACUGCGUCUGGCCUCAGAGGAAUGUUGGGUCCUCACAAUUCAAAACAAUUGAAGAUGACUUGGUGUCUGCCCUCGUCCGGUCGGGCUGUAUCCCUGAAAAUCAUGGCGAGGACAUGCGGAAAAUGUCCUUUCAGCGCUGCGCCCGGACUGACAAGGGUGUGUCCGCAGCUGGCCAGGUGGUCUCCCUGAAGGUGUGGCUGAUUGACGGCAUUCUGGAAAAGAUCAACCGCCACCUUCCCUCUCACAUCCGGAUUCUGGGUCUGAAGCGGGUCACGGGCGGCUUUAACUCCAAGAACAAAUGUGAUGCCAGGACCUAUUGCUACCUUCUGCCCACGUUUGCCUUUGCGCACAAGGACCGCGACGUGCAGGACGAGACCUACCGCCUGAGCGCUGAGACGCUGCAGCAGGUUAACAGGCUCCUGGCCUGCUACGAGGGCACGCACAACUUCCACAAUUUCACCUCGCAGAAGGGGCCACAGGAGCCCAGCGCCCGCCGCUACAUCCUGGAGAUGUACUGCGAGGAGCCCUUUGUGCGGGAGGGCCUGGAGUUUGCCGUGAUCAGGGUGAAGGGCCAGAGCUUCAUGAUGCAUCAGAUCCGGAAGAUGGUCGGCCUGGUGGUGGCCAUCGUGAAGGGCUACGCCCCCGAGAGCCUGCUGGAGCGCAGCUGGGGCACAGAGAAGGUGGACGUGCCCAAGGCGCCAGGACUCGGCCUGGUCCUGGAGAGGGUGCACUUUGAGAAGUACAACCAGCGCUUCGGCAACGACGGGCUGCACGAGCCGCUGGACUGGGCGCAGGAGGAGGGCAAGGUCGCAGCCUUCAAGGAGGAGUACAUUUACCCCACCAUCAUCGGCACCGAGCGGAACGAGCGCUCCAUGGCCCAGUGGCUGAGCACCCUGCCCAUCCACAACUUCAGUGCCACCGCUCUCGCGGCAGCUGGCACAGGCGGCAAGGCGCCCAGUCCCCUGGAAGGCAGUGAAGGGGACGGAGACACCGACUGAGGCAGUGGGAGCUGCCAGCCAGAGCGUCUCUGAGCAGCCCACAGUCUGUGCCCAGGCGCGCCACGCCAGUGGGCAGCAAGAAGCUGGGAUCGCUGCAGCCGUGUUUCCUGACCUGGGAGCCGAGGCUUCUCAGGCAUGCUGGCAGAUGUGGCCUGGCGUUGAAACCUCAGGACCUUCCUUGUAGGAACAGCCUUCUCCAAUCUAUUUUCGGCUCUUGCGUUGCGUAGAUGAAUUUCAGCAUGUAAAGAAGUAUUUUUUUAAAAAGCUGAUUUUCUUAUUAAACACGUACACAUUUUGCUUAGUGAA